UAAAUUUAGCCGUUUUGGUCUGAUCUGGUUCACUCGGUCAACAGAACAGCCAGUAGCUCGUCGUCACCGAUGGCCAAGAAGCGGGAUCGCCAAGCUGUUUCGAUUCGCCGGAAAACCCAUAAUGUCUCUUCCGACAAGCACGAAAUCGUCGGAGAUUCCUCCUCUGACCGGAGGCUUAUCGUCAUCUUCGUCGUCUUCUUUGUCAUAUCUCCCGCCAUUUCCGCUCUCUUGUAUUACAGAUACACUAAUAGCGGGGGAUUUUCUGGCGCAUCUGUAUAUGAACGGGGCCUCGUAAAGACUGAUAUCCACCAUCAAGAAAUUCUAGCUGAGCACUCAAACGUCGCUGAAAAUACUUCUCGCCAUUAUGAUUAUCCUGUGCUUGCUUAUAUUACGCCGUGGAACUCCAGGGGCUAUGAUAUAGCAAAAAAGUUCAACUCCAAAUUUACACAUUUAUCACCGGUGUGGUAUGAUUUGAAGAGUCAUGGUUCCCGCUUAGUGUUGGAGGGAAGACACAAUGCUGAUCAAGGAUGGAUCUCAGAGCUAAGACUGGCUGGAGAUGCACUGGUAUUGCCUAGAGUGGUUGUUGAAGCACUUCCUACAGAUCUGCUUAGAAAGAAGAAGCUACAGGACAAAGCUAUUGAUCUAAUUGUUACAGAAUGCAAGGAAAUGGGCUAUGAUGGUAUUGUGCUAGAAUCCUGGUCGAGGUGGGCUGCUUAUGGGAUAUUGAAUGACCCAGACCUGAGGAAUUCGGCACUGCAAUUUAUCAAGCAACUUGGAAAUGCCCUGCACUCAGAGCUUGAUAGCUGGAGAUCUAAGCAACCGUUACAACUGGUGUAUGUCAUUGGUCCACCUCAUUCCGAGAAACUGGAAAACCAGGAUUUUGGGCCAGAAGAUAUGCAGAGCUUGAGUGGUGCUGUGGAUGGUUUCUCGCUUAUGACCUAUGAUUACUCCAGUCCUCAUAGCCCAGGCCCCAAUGCUCCAAUGAAUUGGAUUCGUUCAGCGUUACGGCUAGUACUUGGCACCAAGGACAACAGCCUUCUUCCACUCGAGGCUGGCAAGAUUUUUCUUGGAAUCAACUUCUAUGGCUAUGAUUACAGCCUUUCAGGAGGAGGUGGAGCUAUCACUGGAAAUGAUUAUCUAUCUGUCUUAAGCAAGUACAAGCCUCUGGUGCAAUGGGAGGAGAUCAGUGCCGAACAUUUCAUCUUGUACACUGAUAACAAUCAAAACAAGCACGCAGUCUUUUAUCCAUCGCUGAAAUCAAUCUCCACACGUCUAGAGGCAGCUGGAUCAUUGGGAACGGGCAUCUCAAUAUGGGAAAUCGGACAAGGUUUGGACUACUUUUUUGAUCUUCUGUAAUAAGUCUCAAAUUUGCAGCGUUUCUGUACCUGCUUCUGGGAGACCACCAUAAAGUUUUGUUCACUUUUCCGCCCUUUUUGAGGCUUUAACUAAUUUAUGACUGAUUGAUGCAAAACUAUACAUUGGUUGGUUCUAUGCUUAAAGAGCUAAGCGAGCAAAUGUGAGUAAGCUAAGAUAGGAUCAU